AACGCAGGUACAGAGCAUGUUAGGUGACAAAAAAGAUUGUUUGAAUUUUGUAAGAAUUCUAUUUUGGUUGGAGGGGGCUAAAUGUGAUUGGAGAACUGUACAAUUUCGAAAGUACAGAACCAUAAACCCAAGUUCUUUUCGGCGAGUCAAUCCAACGAAGUGGGCAUCCGUCACCCGUCUUGGCAAAACCCCGACUUCCUGUGCGGCCGUGCUCGUUACCUUGCCGCCAUGCGCCUCCCGGCCGUCCGCUUCCUGCCGUCGAGCUCGGCGCCGGCGGUAGUGGACGCGAACGCGCGUAUCGCCCGGCUGGCACGCACGGGGAACAUGGAGGGCGCCCGCGCCACGUUCGAGGCCAUGCCGCUCCGGACCACCGCUUCCUACAACGCCCUCCUUGCCGGCUACUUCCGCAAUCACCUCCCCGACGCCGCGCUCCGCGUCUUCCAGCGGAUGCCCUCGCGGGACCUCGCCUCCUACAACGCGCUCAUCUCUGGCCUCUCCCUGCGCCGUCACACCCUCCCCGACGCCGCCUUGGCGCUCGCCACCAUCCCCUACCCGCCCUCGGUGGUCUCCUUCACAUCCCUCUUGCGCGGGUACGUGCGCCACGGCCUCCUGGCUGACGCCAUCCAGCUGUUCCGCCAGAUGCCUGAGCGCAACCACAUAUCGUACACGGUGAUGCUCGGUGGCUUCCUAGACGCCGGUCGUGUUGACGAGGCUCGCAAGUUGUUCGACGAAAUGCCCGCAAAGGAUGUUGUUGCAUGGACCGCCAUGCUGUCUGGGUACUGCCAGGUUGGCCGGAUUGCUGAGGCGCGCACACUGUUUGAUGAGAUGCCAAAGAGGAAUGUUGUGUCGUGGACUGCUAUGGUCUCUGGCUAUGCUCAGAAUGGGCAGGUGAACCUUGCUCGGAAGCUGUUUGAGGUGAUGCCUGAGCGAAAUGAGGUGUCGUGGACUGCAAUGCUAUUUGGGUAUAUACAGGCUGGCCGCAUAGAGGAUGCCGAGGAGCUGUUUAAUGCAAUGCCAGAUCACCCAUUGGCCGCCUGCAAUGCAAUGAUAGUUGGGUUUGGGCAGCGGGGGAUGGUGGAUGCUGCCAAGGCAGUCUUCAACAGGAUGUGUGAGAGAGAUGAUGGUACAUGGAGUGCAAUCAUCAAAGCAUAUGAACAGAAUGAAUUCUUGAUGGAGGCACUCUCUACCUUCCGUGAGAUGUUGCAGAUUGGAAUCCGUCCAAACUACCCAUCAGUCAUCAGCGUUCUCACAGUAUGUGCAGCACUGGCUGUUCUUGAUUAUGGGAGAGAGGUGCAUGGUGCAAUGCUGAGGUGCUCCUUUGAUAUGGACAUCUUUGCCGUUUCAGCAUUAAUCACAAUGUAUAUCAAAUGUGGGAAUUUGGAUAAGGCCAAAAGGGUCUUUGACAUGUUUGAGCCCAAAGAUGUUGUGAUGUGGAACUCCAUGAUUACUGGUUAUGCCCAACAUGGGUUGGGAGAGGAAGCACUCCGCAUAUUUGAUGACAUGAGGUCGGCUGGGAUGGUACCUGAUGGAAUUACAUAUAUAGGGGCCCUUACAGCAUGUAGCUACACAGGAAAAGUUAAAGAAGGCAGGGAUUUUUUUAAUUCUAUGGGUACAAAUUCUGGCAUCAAACCUGGAUUGGAGCAUUAUGCUUGUAUGGUUGAUUUGCUUGGUCGAGCUGGACUUGUGGAGGAAGCACUGGAUUUGAUAAAGACCAUGCCAGUUGAACCAGAUGCUGUCAUCUGGGGAGCUUUGAUGGGAGCCUGUAGGAUGCACAAGAAUGCUGAGAUUGCUGAGAUUUCUGCUAAGAAGCUUUUAGAGUUAGAACCUGGAAAUGCUGGACCAUAUGUCUUGCUCUCUCACAUUUAUACAUCCUCUGGAAGAUGGGAAGAUGCUUCUAAGAUGCGGAAAUUCAUUAGCUCAAGGCAUUUGAACAAAUCACCAGGCUGUAGUUGGAUAGAAUACGACAAGAGGGUGCAUCUCUUCACAUCGGGUGAUGUAUUAGCACAUCCAGAGCAUGCUAUUAUCCUUAAAAUGCUGGAGAAGUUAGAUGGGUCGUUGAUGGAAUCUGGAUACUCAGCUGAUGGAAGUUUUGUGCUUCAUGAUAUAGAUGAUGAGCAAAAAACUCAUAGCCUACGGUAUCACAGUGAGAGGCAGGCUGUGGCAUAUGGACUAUUGAAAAUCCCAGAAGAAUUGCCUAUUCGUGUCAUGAAAAAUCUCAGAGUCUGUGGUGAUUGCCACUCUGCAAUAAAGUUGAUUGCUAAGAUAACAUCUCGGGAAAUCAUACUGAGAGAUGCAAAUCGGUUCCAUCAUUUCAAAGAUGGGUUUUGCUCAUGCAGGGACUAUUGGUGAGGCAAAUGCUGUAGUAAAUUCCUUUCUUCACAUCAUCUCUUUGAUGAGCCUUUCAUUUGGAUUAUAUUCGAACUGAAGAUGAGGUACAUCCAGGAUCAGCACAUGGUCAACUGCGAAUUCUGUUGUAAUACAGAGCCUCUGAUUUCAACAUCAAAAAUUUAUCUUUUGAGUUGAUACAGUCUGGCGAAGAAAGAUACUAGUACCUGGUAUGAUACUCGGAAUCUUAGACGUGAAACAUUGACUUAGCAGCAUUCAGCAUUUCAUCUUAAAGCACCUCACCAAGUUUGGUGGAUAGUCACAAUUAACAAAAUGACAGAGAUGGCCAGAUGGGGUACACUAGUGUGCCGUGGGAUCUCAAUGACUGCACAUUGUUCUUUUAUGUGCAGGUUGUCACUGGUCAGAUUAGACAAUUACUUGUGGAGAUCAAGUAUGGAAAUUCACUUACAUUUCUUGUAACAUAAUUCUACUGCCAGUGGACCAAGGUACAAAUUUGAAGAAUGAGGCUUACCUUUGUAACAUCUGCAACAUCCGUAGUCCUUGUUUAUGAAUCUAAAGGUACACCGAUUGGAUAACAUAGUUGGAGUUAUCACUGUUACUAUUUGAAGAUCGACUUGAAAUGAAAAAAACAACAACUGUUAUUUAAAAAUUGACCUGUAAAUUUCAACUGUUAACUGUAACCAGCAUAAGAAUAUUUGCUCAAGAUUGAUUAAGUGUAAGAUUGAAGUGCCGUA